GUGAAGGUGAUUUUCGCGCCCGGUGAAAAUAUUUACAGUUAUUUUUCAGAUGUUUUCGUAAUGUAUAUUACAUAUUAAAUUAAAUAGCCUUAUACAAACAAUUUCGAAUAAUCUGCAACUAUGUCUCAAACUGAAGAAGCUAUGGAUGUCGCUGAUGCGGGUGAUAAUUCGAAUGGGUCAUCGAGUGACACUACUUCAUCCAGGGGCAAAGAAGGGGAUUUUGAAAGUAAAAUUGAAACUGAUCGUUCUAAAAGAUUUGACUUUCUGCUCAAGCAAACUGAGAUUUUUUCUCAUUUCAUGACAAAUACAUCUAAAUCAAAUAGUCCUCCAAAGCCGAAAGCAGGAAGACCUAAAAAGAACAAAGAUCUUGAUACCUCUGGUGGAGCUGGAGAUCAUAGACAUCGAAAAACUGAACAAGAGGAAGAUGAGGAGCUUCUUGCUGAGACUAAUACAAAAAUAAAAACUAUUUUCCGUUUUGAGUCUUCUCCACCAUAUAUAAAAAAUGGUGAAAUGCGAGAUUAUCAAGUAAGAGGUCUAAACUGGAUGAUUUCACUGUAUGAGAAUGGCAUUAAUGGAAUACUGGCAGAUGAGAUGGGUCUAGGAAAAACCCUUCAGACUAUAUCACUUUUAGGAUACAUGAAGAAUUUUAAAAAUGUUCCUGGACCACAUAUUGUAAUAGUGCCAAAGUCUACUUUAACAAACUGGAUGAAUGAGUUUAAAAAAUGGUGCCCGUCUUUGAAAGCUGUUUGUCUUAUUGGUGACCAGGAAACUAGGAACACAUUUAUUCGUGAAACUCUUAUGCCUGGGAAUUGGGAUGUCUGCAUUACAUCUUAUGAAAUGAUAAUAAGAGAGAGAUCUGUUUUCAAGAAGUUUAAUUGGAGAUACAUGGUUAUAGAUGAAGCACACAGAAUCAAAAAUGAAAAAUCAAAGCUCUCUGAAUUACUUAGAGAGUUCAAAAGUAUGAAUAGGCUGCUUUUGACUGGUACACCAUUACAGAAUAAUCUCCAUGAACUUUGGGCUUUACUUAAUUUUCUUUUACCUGAUGUAUUUAAUAGUUCAGAUGACUUUGAUUCUUGGUUUAAUACUAAUGCUGCUUUGGGAGACAAUCAAUUGGUCUCACGUUUGCAUGCUGUUCUGAGGCCUUUCCUACUUAGACGCUUAAAGUCUGAAGUGGAAAAGAAAUUGAAACCUAAAAAAGAACUCAAAGUUUAUGUUGGUUUGAGCAAAAUGCAAAGAGAUUGGUAUACAAAGGUGCUUAUGAAGGAUAUUGACGUAGUGAAUGGAGCUGGAAAAGUGGAGAAGAUGCGUUUGCAAAAUAUUCUCAUGCAGUUGCGUAAAUGUUGUAAUCAUCCAUACCUGUUUGAUGGUGCUGAACCUGGUCCUCCUUAUACUACUGAUGAACAUUUAGUCUAUAACUGUGGAAAGUUGGCUAUUCUGGAUAAGCUACUUCCAAAACUCCAAGAACAAGAGUCCCGAGUACUUAUUUUCUCACAGAUGACAAGAAUGUUGGACAUAUUAGAAGAUUAUUGCCUAUGGAGGCAAUAUAAAUAUUGCCGUCUUGACGGUCAAACCCCACAUGAAGACAGGAAUAGACAAAUUGAGGAGUAUAAUGCUGAAGGCAGUGAAAAAUUUAUUUUUAUGUUAUCAACAAGAGCUGGUGGUCUUGGUAUUAACUUAACUUCAGCUGAUGUUGUAAUCAUUUAUGACUCUGAUUGGAACCCCCAGAUGGAUUUACAAGCUAUGGACAGAGCUCAUCGUAUUGGACAAAAGAAACAAGUGCGUGUAUUCCGACUUAUAACUGAAAACACAGUAGAAGAAAAGAUUGUAGAGCGUGCUGAAGUAAAACUUCGUUUAGAUAAAUUGGUUAUCCAAUCAGGCCGUCUAGUUGAUACGAAAAACCAAUUAAACAAAGAUGAAAUGCUCAAUAUGAUUAGACAUGGUGCUAAUCAUGUCUUUUCAUCAAAGGAUUCCGAGAUUACUGAUGAUGACAUAGAUACUAUAUUGGCUAAAGGAGAAACCAAGACUGAAGAACUGAAGCAGAAACUUGAAAGCUUAGGAGAAUCAUCAUUACGAGCCUUUUCUAUGGACACUCCUGGUGCAACUACUGAUUCUGUCUAUCAAUUUGAAGGAGAGGAUUACAGGGAGAAGCAGAAGAUAAUACCUAUAGGGAACUGGAUAGAACCACCUAAACGUGAACGUAAAGCUAAUUAUGCAGUGGAUGCUUACUUCAGGGAGGCACUUCGUGUCUCCGAACCCAAGGCGCCCAAGGUACAGGCUCCAAGACCUCCAAAACAACCGAUUGUGCAAGAUUUCCAGUUCUUCCCACCUCGGCUUUUUGAGCUACUCGAUCAAGAAAUAUAUCAUUACAGAAAAACUUUAGGCUACAAAGUACCUCGCAAUCCAGAAUUGGGUCCAGAUGCAGCGAAGAUACAAAGAGAAGAGCAGCGUAAAAUAGAUGAUGCUGAAGCACUUACUGAGGAAGAGGUACAAGAAAAGGAACAGCUUCUGACACAAGGUUUCACAAACUGGACAAAACGAGAUUUCAAUCAGUUCAUCAAAGCAAAUGAGAAAUAUGGAAGAGAUGACAUUGAAAACAUUGCAAAAGAUGUCGAAGGCAAGACGCCUGAAGAAGUGAUGGAAUAUUCGGCUGUAUUUUGGGAACGAUGUCACGAACUUCAAGACGUUGACAGGAUUAUGGGGCAGAUUGAAAGAGGAGAAGCGAAGAUACAAAGAAGAGCGUCGAUAAAGAAGGCGUUGGACGCCAAAAUGGCGCGGUAUAGGGCGCCAUUCCAUCAACUAAGAAUCUCUUAUGGUACUAAUAAAGGCAAAAAUUAUGUAGAAGAGGAGGACAGAUUUUUGGUGUGCAUGUUACACAAACUUGGAUUCGACAAAGAAAAUGUGUAUGAGGAGCUUCGCGCGGCCGUACACGCGGCACCACAGUUCCGCUUCGACUGGUUCUUGAAGUCGCGCACUGCUGUCGAGUUACAGCGACGAUGUAAUACACUUAUUACUUUGAUCGAGAGAGAAAAUCAGGAACUUGAAGAAAAAGAACGUGCAGAAAAGAAGAAAAAGAGUGGUAAUGUCAAUCAAAACACUCCCGGUGGUAAUGCAACUGGCAAAGGAGCUAAUGCUGGCAAACGUAAAGCAGACAAUACGCCAGAUAAUGCGCAAAAACAAAAGAAGAAAAAGAAAUGAAACUUACUUCCAAAACCUUAAUAUAGGCACAAUUUGAAGAUUGCCAGAUGAACAAUAAACAACGGAAUAG